AUGUGGUUCCACCUACUUGGUUUGGCACACAUUGUCAUUCCUCUAGCCCUGGCGAGCAUUGCCAGACCGGCACCGGGGACUCUGCAGAGCCGUGCCGGUGACAAGCCUGGACUGCCGCAUGACCAGAGGACGACACCUCAUUGCAGUUUCUGGCUUGACUACAACGGCUCCCAAACGUGUGCCGCCAUCUGCGAUGUAUACGGAUGUUCCGUGGAUGCCUUUUUGAGAUGGAACCCCUCCGUUGGCUCUGGCUGCACCAAUUUGCUGGCGGGCAAGUCCUAUUGUGUCGAGGCAAUGGAAGAGCCGACGGUAACUUCGAAAGUGCCGAGCGAUCCAUCGAAUGUUGGCAAUCCUCAUCCAGAAAGUCCAGCGGUUCCCAUCGUGGAAACGACGACGACGACUGAGCCUCCGAAUGGCAUCAAAACUCCUUCCCCUUUGCAGCCCGGCGUGGUGGGCAACUGCGACAAGUUUGCUUGGGUCAACGGGGGGGAUACUUGCAAAAGCAUCGCCGUCAAGUACAAUAUUCCCCUUCGAGAGUUUCUGCUUUGGAACUCCCAAGAGGGAGAGGCGUGCAGCGGGCUUUGGGCCGGUACGUAUGCCUGCGUCUCCGUCAUCGGCUAUACGCCAACGCCGGUCGUGAAUGCGCCGGUCGUGGGUGCGCCGGGCAACGGCAUACAGACGCCUACACCAACGCAGCCAGGCAUGGUCAGCAACUGCAAUCGAUUCCGUUACGUGAAGCCAGACGAGAAUUGCAUUGAUAUUGCCUCCAACGCAGGCAUCUCCUUCGACGACUUGGCCCGGUGGAAUCCCAGCAUCGGAGCCGCAUGCGAAGGUCUCUGGGCAAAAGCCUACGUCUGCGUGGGCGUCCUUCCCGCAUUCAGGCUCAAGACACGAUACCACGCCGACUGCACGGGUGAGGUCAAGAAUGACAUCGCGGUCGCCGACGGGAUCUGCAUCAAUACAGCCUGCUCCGUUGCUUCCUUGGAAAUCGCGGCCGAGGGUUACUGCCCCGAAGGCCAGGUGCAGAUCAGCUACUGGGAGCAAGCGGAAUGCUCAGGCAAGUGGUUCGGGUACGGAUACGCCAACAAGGGCCAGUGCCGGACCGCUUGGAGCGAGGGCUGGAAGUUCAAGUCGCUGCAUUUCCGGUGCGCGAAGAAGGAAGAAGACUGCGUGAGCCAGCAGACUUGCCAGUUUGAACCGGAGCCGGCCAACUCUUUGUGCUAG